UAUCAAUAAGUCCUGGAAACGUGUCUGUGUUUGCCUCUUGUGUUACGGUAAAGCAGAUGGAUCCAAACACAGAACAGAGUUACCAUGGAAACAACCCCUUCAGCAUCAUCAGCGACGGCGAGCGGAAGGCGCUGACGCUGAACGUGCUGUUGCUCGGCGACAGGCAGAGUGGGAGGAGCUCUGUGGGGAAUGCUCUGAUUGGCGGACAGGGAUUCCAAACAGGCACCUGCAGUUCUGGCGUUUCCACGACGACAGAGUGCCAGCUCCUCAGGCGAAAUUUCCCGAGGUAUUUCAGAAGGCAGGGGGCGGAGUCUGACCUCACGCUGAGAGUGAUUGACACGCCCCCUCUGCUGCCCAGACCACAGAGCGUGCAUGAGCUCUGUCCUGAGGGCGUGCACGUGGUGGUGCUUGUAUUGAGAGCUGAUCUGCCGUACCUGAGCGCACACCUGGAGCAACACGUGGAGACUCUCUUCGGUCCAGAAUGGCGUCACCACACCUUACUCGUCCUCACACAUGCUGACCACUUGAAAGAGGCGGAGCUUCAACCGUCAGUCUACUUAACCCAGACAACUGAUUCGCUGAGAGCUCUGGCUAAGAAGGUAGCGGGUGGGGUCUCUUUCUUGGACAACAACUGCGAUUGGCUGUCGAUCAGAGGACGACCGCUGAGAGACCGACUGCUCCGCCUCUCAGCCAGGAACCAUCACACAGCUCUGACCGUCAGGACAGAGGUCUCACUCAGACUCUGAACUCUGGUGCAAGCUUACCUACAAACAUGCAGUGAUGUGUCAAAAGAUGUCAGAAAGCCACACAAAUGAAAACAACUACCUGUCAGAAUCUACCUGAACGUGCAAGUAAUUUUGUCAUGUAACAAUAAAAAAAUAGUAAGUGGUGGGAAAAAAAAGUUUAACUCUUUCUCUCAGGGUGAUAAUUGAUUAUUUAGUUUUCUGUAAAGCUGUGAUCACACAGCAGGGCGGCCCAUGGCAUAUGCCACAUAGGCGGUCGCCAAGGGCACCAAAUGAGGGAGGGGGUGCCAAACAAAUGGGAAGUGGGUUUUUUGGAAAUAUGUAUUCUACAAGUUCUCCCUUCUUAAUGCUUUCCCUGCCUUUUGCCCCAUUAACUUGCAAGGAUUUUCAUCUAAUUUGAUUUUCCAAAGCCUCACUGUUCAGUCAAUUUUCACACGACAGCCACCAAACACUCUCACUGAAUGGCACCCUGACCCUCGCUUGCCUUUUUGUCUGGAGGACUGGGAGGACUUUGUCUGGGCUGGAGGUACCAUUGUGGCAAUUGAUUUUAGUGCAAAUUCGUAUCUUCUUGGACUGGAGGUUGCACUUUUUUGGGGCUCCGAUCUAAAUAUUUUGGGGCUUCAAUUUAAAAUCUCGCCUAGAGCACCAACAAGCCCUGUCACACAGGACAUGAGUUUAGCAGCUAUUUCUAUUUGCUUUAGUGCUGUUUGGUGAGUAUUGAGGAUUGUUUGCUGUAGAGUCGGAUGGAUCGAUGACUCAGUUAUCAAUACUUUCAUAUAUUGGUGCCAUGAGUGAUGGUUUUUUUACAUAAAAUACUUUGUUUUAUGCUCCAGAAGUGUCCCUUUUGUUUCUGGAGAAGUGACCUUAGUACCUGAAGUUACCAAAUACUCAAGUCUGAGCAGAAAUAUGUCAUCAUGGCUUAUUAUCUCUUGUCCAAUCAGAUGAAAGAAGAGGCAGGCCUUCUACUCUUAUGUA